CGGAUUCAUUUGAAAAGUGGUGCGCGAAAUGGAAACUAUGUGAUACUUGUGCUUAGGUUGUGCAUAUCCGAUUGAUUGGGCUCAUUGAUCGUGUGUCGAAAGUGUUGUAGGAUGUUUAAUGACAAAACAAGCAAACAAGUGCUAGACAUGUUUACCGCAAGCGAUAAAGAACUUGUAGCAGACAAGAAGAAACCUGCUGAAAAUGAGUGGAUCUGUAUGAUGGAAGGCAUUUUCAACACGCUUAACCACACCAUGAUCGGGGUGGUCUGCAUCUAUACCAGCUGGUUGUGUUGGAUAAAUGGAUUCGAGAAGCUGUACACCUGGCACGUGUUUCUCACAUUGAUCGGGUACCAUCUACUAAUGGCCGAAGGGAUCGUGUUGCUGUACAGUGGCAACGGUUGGACGCAGAAGCUCACCCACUCACACAAGCGCACCAUCCACUGGCUGGUCGAGGCGGUAGGUUGCAGUUGCUGUGUAGUAGGCAUUGCGCUCGAGAUUUACUUCCGCGAGUCGACCAACCGGCGACACUUUUCGUCGACGCACAGUAUCGUUGGACUUAUAUCGCUCGCAUUCCUCGCCCUUACCCUGGUAAAUGGGCUGAUGGCAUUGUUUGCGCCCGAGCUUCGACGACGCAUUCGACCGAUCUACUCCAAGCUGGGCCACUAUCUAACCGGCACGGUGUGCUACGUGCUGGGCAUGGUGGCGAUCGUGCUGGCGUAUGAGAAAAAAAUCUACCGUCAGAACACUAUCACCGAGGGCAUAACGAUGAUGACCGUGUUCACGAUAGCGGUUACCGUCCUCAGUAUGGUGGGGGUGGUGAAAACGGUCUACAAUCAAGUGAAAACACUCGCAAAAUAAGCUGUCCUUAAGGAUUUGUUGGUAUGGUGGGAUAACUAUGCGAUAGUGUUUUAGAAUUUACUAUCGCGAAAUUAUUUUAAUUAGAUGUAUAGUCUGUUAGGAAACAUAGAAUAGAUGCAUUUAAAAGAUAUUAAAUGAUCAAAAAGUAAUAAAAAUGAAAUUAUCAUCAAUUAUAGUUUUUAAUCAACUAGUAUCUAGGGCCGGUCUGGUGGUACAGUUGUCAACUCGUACGACGUAACAACAUGCCCGUCAUGGGUUCAAGUCCCAAAUAGAC